UGCACUCAGUGUCUGUUCCCUGCGCGGCUCGGGACCCUCGGUGUGCAGCGAUGGCGCGCACGAAGCAGACGGCGCGGAAGUCGACGGGCGGCAAGGCGCCCCGCAAGCAGCUGGCCACCAAGGCUGCCCGCAAGAGCGCGCCGGCCACGGGCGGCGUCAAGAAGCCGCACCGCUACCGGCCCGGCACGGUGGCGCUGCGCGAGAUCCGCCGCUACCAGAAGUCCACGGAGCUGCUGAUCCGCAAGCUGCCCUUCCAGCGCCUGGUGCGCGAGAUCGCGCAGGACUUCAAGACCGACCUGCGCUUCCAGAGCUCGGCCGUCAUGGCGCUGCAGGAGGCCAGCGAGGCCUACCUGGUGGGGCUCUUCGAGGACACCAACCUGUGCGCCAUCCACGCCAAGCGCGUCACCAUCAUGCCCAAGGACAUCCAGCUGGCCCGCCGCAUCCGCGGAGAGCGCGCCUGAGCUGUUGGCAGACGGGAAGAUUUAGACCAUCGAAAACCCAAAGGCUCUUUUAAGAG